AUGGCGGCCCGUGAUGAAUCCAUCAACAUCAAACCACUCGAGUUUACAUCGGUAGAAGAAGUCGCAAAAAAGAGCGCGACAGCUCGAGGUGCUUUCUAUGACUCGAAAACUCGUUCCGCAGAUUUCCGUAAGCUGCAGCUCCGCAAACUAUACUGGGCCAUUCACGACAACCAAGAUCGCAUCCAUGAAGCACUCGCUCGCGAUUUUGGCAAGCCCUCGUAUGAGGCUUACCUUACCGAGUCUUCAUGGAUGAUGGGAGACAUUCUGUUCACCCUGAAGAACAUAGACAAAUGGCUCAAAGACGAGUCUGCUCCGGAUAUUGCUCUGCCGUUCAAGCCACUCAGCCCAAAGAUCAGAAAAGACCCAAUGGGCACUGUUCUCAUUGUCGGUCCAUGCAAUUAUCCUUUCCAGCUGACCAUGGUGCCCGUGUUUGGUGCUAUUGCGGCCGGAAACUCUGUCGUUAUCAAGCCCAGCGAGCAAACACCAAACUCUGCGGUUGUAAUGCAAGAGAUUGUGGAAGCCGCUCUUGACCCUUCCUGCUACACAAUUGUCCAAGGUGGUAUCGACCAGAUGAAAGCCCUUCUCGAUGAGAGAUGGGACAAGAUCUUUUUCACUGGUAGUCAUGCUGUCGGCCGCAUUAUUUCAAAGGCUGCUGCACCAUAUAUGACCCCCGUUGUCCUGGAAUUGGGAGGCUUGAACCCUGCCAUUGUGACUCGCAACGCCAAUCCUCGUAUUGUCGCCCGACGACUACUAUGGGCCAAGUCUAUGAAUGCUGGCCAAACUUGCACCGCUCAAAACUACGUUCUGAUCGAAAAGUCCGUCUUGCCCGCUGUGUUGGAAGAAUUGAAAAAGGCGUACAAGUCCUUCUACCCCAAUGGGAGCAAGGGAUCUCCCGAAUACUCACGUAUCGUCUCCGACCGGGCUUUCCAGCGUCUGAAGAAAAUGAUUGAUGACAGCAAAGGCAAGAUCAUUUUCGGGGGUGCUACCGACGAGAAGGAACGAUACAUUGAACAGACUUUCAUCCAGGUCGACUCCCUGGAAGACUCGAUGAUUGUUAACGAAGCCUUUGGCCCUAUUUGCGCCGUCGUCACUAUCGACAAUGUCGACGAAGCCAUCAGUAUCGCCAAGAAGGUUCAGGAUACUACGUUGGGAAUUGCUGUUUUUGGCAACAGUGCCGAACAACAGAAAGUUAUGGCCAAUCUCCGAUCUGGAAGCGUCUCUCUCAAUGAUGCCCAGCCCCAUAUCAACACUCUAGCCUUUGGAGGUAUCGGCGAGAGCGGCAGUGGUGCAUACCGCGGCAGAUCGAGUUUCGAUACCUUUGUGCAUCGUCGACCAUACACCAACACCCCCGGCUGGAUGGACGCCCUGCUCGAUGUCCGUUACCCACCGUACCCUGCUAGCAAGUUGCGAAUGGUCAAUGCUACCAUGGUGGGUACUCCGGACUUUGACCGCAAUGGUCGCCAAAGCCGUUUCACCUGGUUGAAAUACAUUAUCGGUGGGUCGCCAAAGUCGGCUGCUACUCGAGUUGCUGCUGCUGCUGUUGAUGAUCAACCCGCCACAAAUGGCCAUCAAGAUACCAAUGGCGUUGGAUCCGAAAUCCCCAAAGUCUGA